AUGCCCGGACCACGCAAUCAGAAAAACAAGAAGAACAAGAAGGGCUUGAAGAAGGCGCCGCCACACGCACCAACACCCGCAGACCCGGCCCACGACGCGAGCACUCAUCAUACCCCCACCCAACCGCACGAACAAAUACGCGAAGCGGCUAGUUCGAAAUCCUCACUUAAAUAUCCUUUAGCAAGUCUGCCCCAUCCACCGCAGGACACUCCAGACGGCCCGCUCGUCUUGGGAUAUGAGCCUUUGCCCCAGCUGAGCAACUACGAAUACCUGCACCAGCAGGAGUACGAUGCAGAGCGGUUUCAACAAGUGAUAUACCAUCAUGAUCCCACAUACCCCCAUUAUUCUCCAUACCCCGACGAACCACCCAUACCGCCCUCGCUGCUGAAGGUCCCUUUUAUUCACGACCCGGGAAACGGGCCCCGCGUCAAGGACAUUCGCGCGUUCCUAGCCUCAAAGCUAGCCUCUCCGCCCUCACUGGACGAUCCGUUAUGUGGGGAAUUCGCGGACGACGCGGUCCUGCAGAUGUUAUGCACCGUACUCCCAGAGGAGACCGCAACGAUUUUGUGGUAUAACAAGAGCAGAGUGACAGCGAGGGUAUGCCCCGCGUGCCAGAGGCUGUAUCGGUUAGGCGAUGUCCUUCCCGACCACCUCGCGGGCGAGGACGCGCGCGCUGUGCAGGACGCCCCACCUUCUCCCUACCUCGCGAGGGAGCAGGAGCUCAGCGGCCUAUGCUCGCCCGUGUGCUUCAUCCUCGCGUCGUACAACUAUCCGGGCGCGAUCCGCUCGACGUGGGGCCGGAUGGCGGAGGAGCUCGACGACGCGACGUGGGACCUGCUCGACGGCCCGGGGCAGCAGGCGAACGACAUGGGGCUCGGGAUGUUGCUCAAGAUGACGAGGUGCCAUGAUCUGGGCCUGGGCCAGCUGUUCUUCCCCGAGUUGGACAUGGACUCGGACGGGACGGCUCAUGAGGAGGGGGAUGAGGAUGUGAAGUGGGUGGGGGAGGCGGAGGGCAAGGUUGAAGGCGUGGCCCUGCCCACGGACCGGGCAGAGGAGAAAGGCGUCGUGGAGGUUAUGGAGAGAUUGAGGGUAGAGGAUGUGAGUGCGGUCCCCGUCCCGGUGUCGUGACGCUAGGACGGUAGGGCAAGUUGAGGACCGGUGUGAGUCCGCAUGUUCGCUUUCGGGUUGCUUACGACGCUUCGCUCUCCUGUCAUG